CCUGAGAGGAGCACAGAGAUGUUCAGAGCAGACGUAGAGGGACCUGCGCUGUCCGCCCCGAUGCCGGCCCGGUAGUCCCCAGUCAAUCUGUGAGAUAUGCAGGUUCCACUGUUGUGUUUGUGUGCUUUGCUCACAUACGCCAGUGUAGGUGCAGAUCUUAAGGACUGUGAAGCAGUGGGAAAAAUAUGCAAUACCUUCGCAGACUGCAUGAAAACACGUAACAAUUUCACCUGCGUCUGCUUCACUGGAUACACUGGAGAUGGACUAGAGUGUACAGACAUUGAUGAGUGUGCAACGGGUAUUCACAAGUGCAACAUUCGAGCACACUGUCAAAAUACUCCAGGCAGCUACUCCUGUACGUGCUUGGACGGCUACUCUGGUGAUGGCUUUGACUGUGUUGACAUUAAUGAGUGUCUGACAGCUAACGGUGGCUGCCAUCCUGAUGCAGUUUGCACCAACAGAAAUGGUGGGCGAGACUGCCAGUGCAAAAAGGGAUUUAGUGGGAAUGGAUUUCAGUGCACUGAUGAUAACGAAUGCACCACGCCAGGUAUCUGCCACUGGAAUGCGACCUGUACCAAUAACCCUGGAUCAUAUGUAUGCACAUGCAAUGCUGGAUACAAAGGCAAUGGAAACUAUCUGUGCCUGGAUGUGGACGAGUGCUCAGAAACCCCAGGUGUGUGUUCUGCCGCAUUUGGUUUCAAGGGAUGCAGGAACCUUCCAGGAACCUACCGCUGCCUCUGCAGCAGUGGUUUCCAAAGCAAUGGGAAAACCUGUGAAGAUAUCAACGAGUGCUCAAGCAAUACUUGUAGCAUCUUUGCGGACUGUGUGAACACACCAGGGUCAUACCGAUGUACUUGUCAAGUUGGCUUUAUUGGGAAUGGUCUGAUUUGUGUGGACAUCAACGAAUGUAGCAGUAAGAACACGUGUGACCCCAAUGCAGUGUGCAUCAAUGUGCUUGGCAGCUACGAAUGCUCGUGUCGCACCGGCUUCCAAGGAGGAGGGGUCCAGUGUACGGACAUUAAUGAGUGCGCUGUAAAUAACAUCUGCCCAGCCAGCAUAACAUGCGUCAACACAGCAGGGUCAUACUUCUGUGACUGUGGCCAGGGCUACAUCUUCAAUAAAACACAGUGCCAGGAUCUGGACGAAUGCGCUUCAGGCCGCUGUAGCCAGUAUGCUUCAUGUGCAAACUUCCCUGGCUACUUCACCUGUACGUGUUUAACUGGUUACACAGGUGAUGGGUUGUCCUGUGAAGAUGUAGAUGAGUGUUCUUCAUACCAAACAUGCAAUGUCAAUGCCAUUUGCACCAACCUACCAGGAAGUUACAACUGCAGCUGCAAGGUGGGCUUCACAGGCGAUGGUGUGGCUCGAUGUUCAGACAUAGACGAGUGUCUUAACGUGAACAAUGGUGGAUGUAGUACUAAGGCCACAUGUGUCAACACCAUAGGAUCUUUCUCUUGUGUCUGCCCUUCUGGGUUCAUGUUAGUUAACAAUACAGUCUGCCAGGACAUUGAUGAAUGCCAGGUCCGGGAUAAGCCAUGUAAGACCAACGAGAUGUGCGUGAAUAAAGAAGGAUCUUACGAUUGUCUUUGUCAAGUGGGUUUUAGUCGACCUACUGUGGGCACAGAGUGUUUAGAUAUAGAUGAGUGUACAGACAGUCAAGCGUGCCACUACAACGCUACCUGCCUCAACUCAGUGGGCUCCUUCACAUGCACAUGCAAGCAUGGCUUCAGUGGAACUGGCAUCAAAUGUGAAGAUGUAAAUGAAUGUGCUGCAGAUGGAGCUUGUAACCCGUAUGCUAUGUGCUUAAACGUCCCUGGUGACUUCUACUGCCAGUGCUACAGGGGCUUUGAAGGAGAUGGCUUCUCCUGCACAGACGUGAAUGAGUGUGCGCUCUCCAAUGCUACCUGCCCAGAUUUCUCCAAGUGUGUCAACUCUCCUGGAACGCACGUCUGCUCGUGCCUGAAUGGCACAGUGGCAAACCAGGGCACCUGUGUUGCUCCCAGCCAAGGGUGUUCUCCUCCCUGCCAUCCUCGUGGGCUUUGCCAUCCCUCACCAAUGGGAUACCAGUGUGUGUGUGACAUAGGCUUUGUUGGGGAUGGAAGCAUUUGUUUUGACAUCGAUGAGUGCCAGGAUAAAGUGUGUCUCAAAAAUGAGACAAUGUGUGUGAACAGCCCAGGCUCUUUUUCCUGCGUCUGCAAGAAGGGUUACACCCAGAUUGGAAUGGAAUGUGAAGAUGUGGAUGAGUGUGCUUCUGGAAAGGACGAUUGCAGUGACUUUGCAAAGUGUGUCAAUACCAUUGGAAGUUACCUGUGCUACUGUCUUAAUGGUUUCACUGGGGAUGGGAAAAACUGCUCUGAUAGCAGGCUGUUUCCUUUUGGAGACGAGGUUGGUGAUACUGGGUUACCAAUGUCAACGGCAGAUGGGAAUUCUCCAUAUAUAACUCCUCCAAAGGGUUUUCCAGUUAUGGGCAAAAUCUAUGACAGAAUAUUUUUUUCAGACAAUGGCCUGGUGCAGUUCCAGGAAGUCACUGAGAACGAGAAGCUCCUGUUUCCUGCUCCGUUCCCUGAUGGCUUCAUUGGUAACGAAAACCUGGCCUUGUUGGCUGUGUUCUGGGAUGAUGCUGAUCUCACUCUAGGAAAUGGAAAACUGUUCUACCAGGAAUAUGACCAGCCGAACCUAUCAGAUAUGUACUCUCAAUUAGUCUUCAACCAUACAGCUGACGAGGUGAGUAAAUUUGAGGCCAAGAGAGGGAGACCUGCUUUCACUCCUACGUGGAUUCUGAAAAUUACAUGGGACCAUGUGCUGCCUGUCUCCUACCAGAAAAUCAAUCUGUCUGAGACAAACACGUUCCAGAGCAUCCUGGCCACAGAUGGGUCACGCUCGUACGCUUUACUGCAGUAUGGUGAAAUGAACUGGGGUCCUGGGCAGAGGACUCAGAACAAUGCCCUGAUUGGCUACACUGAUGGUGUCGGCAACUUCCACAAUGAGAUUCCGAACCCACCUGAUAAUCUGUUUGGCCCGGGUGGACGUUAUCGGCCCCAGACCACUGUGUUUAACACAGGCCAGCUGGGUCAAAUAGUGUACGACCUAAACGGAGCCUCAGUGCUCAGCUCUGACUCUCAGAGACAGUGCCAGGUAUGGGCCCUGAAGGAGCCAGACCCCAAAGAGUGGGCGUUAGGGCUCACACCAUGCCCCUGUACCCGCUCUCAGGCACUGGAGGACCUGAACUUUGGCCCUGAGACUCUCCCUGUUGAUAACGGCAUGCACAUAAAGGAGCUGAGAGGCCUGCGCUGGGGUGGAAGUGGAGGCCAAGCCUUUCAAUCACUUCUCUAUAACAAGCAAAAUGCAGGAAAAAGAUGUGUGUAUGACGCACAGGGCCCUCUGCUGGCUGGAUACAGUGAACGCUACUUCACCAAGAUGCAAGAUCACAUUGAUAAGGAUCUCCUUCCAUUCCAGUGGUGCUGUGUCCAGUCCCCAUUAUGCCAACUUUACCUGGAAAAAAGACCACUAGAUCGAUGCCAGGGCUUUGGCUGGACCAGUCCAGACCCCAGCAUUCCAGGGAACAGAGGAGCACCAGGCAUAGGUUUGGCAUAUGGAAGCCUCCAUUUUACUACAUUUGAUGGAAAAGACUACACCUUCAAGGCCCUGGGAGUGUUUGUGAUUGUGCGUCUGUCCUCCAUUACUGGCUCCAAUGUCUUCACCCUGCAGGGUGAGACCGCAGUGCUGCAGAGCAACGGCCAGGCCACACGUGUCCCUGCGUUAGUGCGCGUAGCUGCAUACCACCAGACCUACGGCAAGGUGGAAUGGCGAAGUCCCGUAUCUGAAGAGAAGCUAACUAUGCUAAUCAAGGAUGUGGACACACCAGUCUCCUCAGGUGCAGUGUAUUCAGUGCAGCAGGGUUUCGCUGUGCGCUGCUCCUCCGUGCUGAGCUGUGUCGCGGUGUAUGAGGGGGGUCUGAACGUGGCUGUGUGGAGGGGGGAGGCAGGGAGGCUGACGGUUCUGGUGGAGGUUCCUCAGAGCUUCUACAACCGCACCCUGGGGCUCCUGGGCCUCUGGAGCUCCAACGUUACCGACGACUUCCUCCAGUCCAACGGCCGCCUGCUGUCUUUCCCCGACACCAGCUCUCCCUCCGAGGACAAGCUGGCGGUCUUCGGACAGUCCUGGGCCGUGCCUGUUCCGGAGAGUCUCCUGUUCUCGGUGCCUCCCCUGACGCCCUUCCAGCCUGUGAGCACAGAGGAACUGAUGUCGUCAGUUAGCCCAGCCACGCUGGCCAGACAUCUACAGACCUGCCAGGGCAGCAUGCAGUGUGUACAUGACAUCCUGGCCACAGACAACACCGCCCUGGGACUGCAGACCAUGCAGGACCAAAAGAAGUUACAAAGCCUCACUGUAACCUUCGGAAGCAUGCCGCCCAUGAUAGAGGGGCCUACAGUGGUCCUCUGUAAGGUGAACAGUACACUGAGAGUGCAGUUUCUAUCCCAAGACUCCAACAAAGACGCAUUCAGCUUCUCACUUCUGCCUCCACGACCGCCUCAGGCCACCAUAGGCAGCGCUGAUGGCAUUCUGGUCUGGACCCCACUCAGCAUUCAGCCCGUGCUGCUAACUGUGCAGGUCAGUGAUCAGACGUCCAGUUCUCUGCUCAGCCCCAUCAUAAAGCUCUGCAACUGUCUGAAUGGAGGAAGCUGCCAGUAUCAGACUGUGGCCGAUAACUAUCUGCAGGGCAAGUUUCAGGUUGUGGGGUGUCUAUGCCCAGCGGGUUUCAGUGGCAAGUACUGUGGAAAUAGAACAGACGUGUGUAAAGGCAAGCCCUGCUUCCCUGGAGUGGACUGCUUCAGUCAGAGAGAGCCAGACAGCUUCACCUGUGGAGUGUGCCCACCUCCCACUGUCUCCGAGAACAAACAGGGCUACAAGUGCUUUGAGAAUGAUUUCUGUCUCCCUCCAUUCCCUGCCCCCUGUCACCCGAUGGCAAACUGCUACAGCACUGGUUAUAACUACACAUGCAGCUGUAAGCCUGGCUUUACUGGUGAUGGGAAGAAGUGCACAGAUAUAGAUGAAUGUCAGAACCCUGCAGCCUGCUCUAAUGCCAAGUAUGAGUGUGUGAACACGCCUGGGUCCUCGUACUGUUCCUGCCGCUACCACAGCACAGAAGAUUCUGAUGGGUGUGGUGUUUCUGCCAAUCCUCCAGGUUGGAAUGUUUUUAACGUAUCCAUGGUCUGGAAUGAUCAAAUGACUGCACCACAGCACCUGACACAGUUGGAGCAGAUCCUGUCUCAGGGCUUCCAGAAUAAGUUCUACAAUGCCAGUAUUAUGCCGGCUGACCUGGUGACUGAGAAUGGCCUGAGUGAGUACAGAAUCAACGUGUCCAGUGACACUCCUCACUGGUACGUCUUGGACUACCUGAAGCGAGCCGGACGCUACUACAGCAUCACAGCAGCUUAUGUGGAUGACCUAAAUGAAUGCAAAGGAAACGAGACUUUGUGUACAAGUCCAGCUGUUUGUUACAACACGUAUGGAGGCUAUAGAUGUGUGUGUAAUGGCACUGACCUCAAGGAGGCGCAGUCAUGCAUUUUGGACAGGGGCAUCCUUAACCACACAAGCACGACAGCUGCCAAGUCUCUGGAGGAUAAGAAACCCCUUAUUCUGGGCUUGGUCCUGGGCAUCGGCAUCCCCCUCCUGCUGAUGCUCCUUCUGGCCGCAUUUGCCUGCUUCUGCUGCUCCCGCAGGAAAACCAUCACCGGAGACAUCCCUCACUUGGUGCCGGCGUACGUUCAAAACCAGAUCAGCUCUCACUUAAACUAUGAUGACCCUGCCCUGCACUACAAGAGCCACUGCAGCCCACGUAUCCUUGACAACAUCACACCCCAGUAUAGACGGUGCAGGCGGUAACAGCCUGCAUCCGCUCAGCCGGCUGCCUCCUGCAGGUCGAGCUCCUCCUCGCUCUAAUUGUAAAUUUGUGCAAAGUGAAAAGAGGUAAAUAUGUAAAAGAAAAAAGACUCAUGCAUCGGUGUACAGCAUACUAAUGGCCUUCAACUCUAACUGCAGAUUCCCACAUCAAGCAAAAUGAUCAUUCAUUUCUGACACACUGUGAUAUUGUUCAAUAAACCUCAGAAAUCUUGUUGUAAUAA